UAUAGAGUGCUUACAGUUCCGCCUCUCGAUAGUCUCAUACAAUAGUUAUUGGCCCGUGUUUGAUGUUUCCAGUUUCUAAGGUGCGCUAGUUAUGAGUCUGUUUUCAGAAAAAAAAAAGUAUUAUGUUUACUACCCCAAAAUAGUGUAAUGCGAAUCAAAGUCGACCAAUUAGGUUAGACCGCUUACGGAGUCGAGCCGCUGCUGUAGUAAUAUACACACCAGGUACCAGGAUGGAUAUUGUACUUCAGCAUGCAGAUUUCUACUUCUUUACCCCAUAUGUCUAUCCAAUUACCUGGCCUGAAGAUGGGCCCAUGCGACAGUUCCUCAGUCUCCUGGCAGUUACAAACCUUGGUGCAGUAAUUCUUUAUUUUUUGUUUGGAACUUUGAGCUAUUGGUUCAUCUUUGACCACAGUCUUAAGAAACAUCCCCAGUUUCUGGAGAAUCAGGUGCGUCGUGAGAUAAAGUAUACCUUGUCAUCUAUGCCGUGGAUCAGUAUUCCAACAGUUAUGCUUUUCUUUGCAGAGGUGCAAGGCUACAGCAGACUGUAUGACAACAUAGACAGUUCACCAUAUGGCUGGUUUGGAGUCAUUUUAAGUAUGAUCUCGUUUCUCUUUUUUACGGACAUGUGUAUCUACUGGAUUCACCGCUUUCUUCACUACAAACUCAUGUACAAGUAUUUUCACAAACCUCAUCACAUUUGGAAGAUUCCUACUCCUUUUGCAAGUCAUGCUUUUCACCCAUUGGAUGGAUUCCUGCAGAGUGUUCCAUACCAUAUCUAUCCCUUUAUUUUCCCUUUACAUAAAGGUGUCUACCUGGGCCUUUACAUAUUUGUUAACGUCUGGACAGUUUCAAUCCAUGAUGGAGAUUAUCGAAUUCCGAAGUUCCUUGAAGAUGUAAUUAAUGGAUCUGCCCAUCAUACUGAUCACCAUCUGUACUUUGAUUAUAACUAUGGGCAGUACUUCACUUUGUGGGAUAGGAUUGGAGGCUCUUAUAAGCAUCCAUCCUCCUUUUUAGGAAAGGGACCUCAUGACUUAAUACGAAAGAUGAAAGAGGAAGGAAAACUGAAUUCUGAUUCUACUGAUUAUGAACCCAGAAAUGAGAAGUCUGUCAAUGGUAUUCUUUGUAAAGAGGACUAACUCAAACACAAGAAGGUUCUGCUUUUGCAUAUAAACAGAAUUAACAAAAUGCUCGCCAUCUGUCUACAAACCAGAUGCCAUAUUACAGCAAUCUACAAGAAUGAAUUCUCUUGGUAAUACUUUAGAGAUCACAAGCGAUGCAGAAUAUGCUGCUUUAGGCUUCCAGUAUUACAGAAUUGUAUCCCCCCAUGUAAUUCCUAGCAGAUAUAUUUAACAGUAAACAUGGCACAUUGGAAGAAACCAAAUGCACUUAACCAAAGUAAAUCUGCCAAGCAGACUUAAAUGUGAAACUUUAUUGUCGCAUCAGUGAUGUAUCACAAGUGUAAUUGAAACCCUGUUUUUAGAUUGGAUGCUCCAAAUUACCCAAGGUUCAUUGAAAACAGUAAUGGUUCAUCCGUUUUGUUAAGCUAUGAGUAAAAUCCCAAUAAACUGAAAUCACUGUUAACACUUUAAUGAUACCUAAUUCAGAUUUAUUGUAACACUGCCUGCAAUUUUGCAGUGGUACUACAGAGUUCGGAGUUGUAGUUUAGCUUUCACUGUAACAAAAAUGGUAGAAACUUGUGCAACAGGCUCUCAAGUAAAAUGUCUGUAUUCCUGUCUUAAAAUUAUUCUGAAAAUAAUUCAGAUGUACCCGUGUAGGGAGUACAUGUUUAAAGGAGCACAACUGUUUAUAUAUUAAAAAAAUACUUUGUGAUAAAAAGUAGUAUCAACAGCUUUCAGAUAUUUAAUACACUUAAUACUGCCUAGUACAGUUAGCACACUGCCUACAAGGCCUUUUUCAUUGCCUUUGUUGAUUGGGCAUUUGCCAACAGAUUUGUUGGUAUAAAUUAACAUCCAGAAAGUUUUGAAGGGUUGCUCCCAGUGCAUUAUUUUCCUAAUGUAGUUGCUAAAAUGUUAUCCAUUUGAAAGUUAACAUAGCUGACACUGCAAACAUAAUACAUUUAAACAAUUCAAGUAUGUACUGUGAAUUUAUUUCCUCUCAUUAUACAAGUGGUUGAGUAGCAACUUCUUUUUAGGAAAAGCUGGUUUAUACCAAUUUCAAAUCCUGCUUCAUAAUUGAAUAAGAUUAGAUAGAGAGAGAGAGCACCAUUUCUGAAUCCUCAAAGAUGCCAUGUCAGCACUGUGGUAUAUACAGGUUUAUUUAAAGAGAUACUACCACCUUUAAUUUCACUGCAGUUUUAGUCCUUCUUUGAAAUCCCAGUCUUUACUGUUGAUCAUAGCAUCACAGAACAAGCUACUCUGUAUGAUAAAUACUUUGUGAAGCUGUGAUGUUAAAAGUUCCUUAGCAAGCCUCAUGCACAUCAUUCAGUCUCUGGGUAGGGGUGUACGUGUGUUAAUGAAAUGCUGCUUAGUAUUAUCUGCCUAAUUUUCUUUGUAGGGGUUCUGUGCACAGGCACAAGUAACUCAAUAGUGACAUGUUCUGAUGUCACUGAAGGUUAUUUCUAAAAGCUAAUACCUUGACUGGUAUCUGAACAUGUAAUCAGUAGAAAUAUAUGGCCAAGUAGAUUACAAAACUGUAUGCUUGGAAAUCUCUUCCUUUAUUAGAAACCUUAUCACAAUCUUGCAGCAGUGAAUCUGUUGUGGACAUCUGGUGGGUAAAAGUAAAACCAGUGUAUAAAUAACUUCUAUUUAAUACCUUUAAGACCCAAUCAUUUUCAAGUUAAUGUUAACCUUUUUAUGAUAAAAUGCACUUUAUAUUGUAUUUUUAAGCAAGUAGUUCUACUGAACAGUAAUAAUUUUCAAAGAUCAAAAUAGAAAAGUGAUCUCUUCAACUUUUGUAUAGGUUAUGGAAGCAAAAUAAAAUCUUUCAUAAACUUAGUCUCUCAGUCUGCAUAUUAAAGUAGUAAAGGAUGAGGAAGAAUAUUUUGUAUACAGGUCUGGUCCUCUACUGUUCGUUGUACAUCAAAAUAAAAUAAUGAUCAUCAUGAAGUUA